GGAGGUCCUUGUGUCCCUUGCGCAGCAGGGACUUACAAGGGAUCGACGGGGUCGGCGGCUUGCACUGCAUGCAGCUUGGCGGACAGCAGCAGCAUCACGUCGCCGGCGGGGUCUACAAAAUGUCAACCCUGCGCAAUAGGAAAGUACAAACAAGCAAUAGGACCUCAGAGCUGUUUCUCAUGCCCUGCAAAUGCAACGACCUACACAACUGGUUCCAGUGCUGCAUCCGAAUGCAAGUGCAACGCCGGAUACACAGGGCCGGACGGAGGCGCUUGCACGUUAUGCCCGAGAGGCACCUACAAGUCCACCGCAGGCUCCGCAGCCUGUGCGGCGUGUCCCGAGCACUCCGACUAUGGCGGGACAGGCAGCGUGCUUGCAAGCGACUGCAAGUGCAACGCCGGAUACACAGGGCCGGACGGCGGUCCUUGUGUCCCUUGCGCAGCAGGGACUUACAAGGGAUCGACGGGGUCGGCGGCUUGCACUGCAUGCAGCUUGGCGGACAGCAGCAGCAUCACAUCGCCGGCGGGGUCUACAAACGUAAUCGACUGCGAGUGCAGUGCAGGAUACUACGGGUCCCCGACAGAGUCAGGCUGCCAGGCGUGUCCGAGGAGGUCGUCGAGUGCUGCUGGGUCGCUUGCCCUGUCCGACUGCAAGUGCAACGCCGGAUACACAGGGCCGGACGGAGGCGCUUGCACGUUAUGUCCG